AUGUCUCCUCGAACAGAGGCGUCCGAAGAUGUUCUCGACCGUGGUGGGUAUUGUUUGAGGCGCAGUUUCCAGUUCCGGCCAACAGUGGCCUGACAGCCGUCCCACACGUCCGGUUGUUAACACUACGAGGGCGUCAUCAUUCGCAGAGUUCGACCUUUGUCCGGCUCCUCAACGCUCGCGUAUGGGUUAUGUGUGUCCAUAUUGUGGCGGGGAACGUAUGCCGAGGAGUCGUGCGGUUCGGCACGCCACCACCAAGAGGCAUCGGCGGCGGGCCGUCAUGAAGGCCAAUCCAACCUUCGGAUCCCGAGCCGACCGCUGGCGGCUAUCUCGAUCCCCACCACUCCCGCGCGACGACGACGAGAUGGACUGGGCGGAUAUCGAAGAGCCCACAUUCGGUACGGCAAUGGUAGGUCGUUAUCUGCAGCAGUGGACGGUCCAAUUCCGAGUGCAUGGUGAUUGACCUUUGUCUCGAGCUAGUCUCAGGUCUCGCAGCCUGCCCCUGUUUCUGGUCCCUCCUCACCCGGCCACGACACGCAACAUACUUUCCAACACAAUGAUUUCGAUCUCGAGUUUGGUGGAUCCCCUUCCCCCCUCGGAGAUGUCCCCAUGCUCGGCAACGACGCCGAGGUUGCUCCCCAACCUGUCCACGACGGCGCUGACAGCGACGACCAGCAGGUCGAGGCGGAAGGGUCGGCGGUGCAGGCGUCGGUUCCGACAGGUAUGACAGGUAUGACAGGUACGACACGCUAAACCAUUCCCCGCAUUCGAGUGUUCAGCUCAGUACUGACCCUGCCUGAGCUUGCUCGAUUGUUACACCAGACAGACUCCCGGCCUGUGACCGCGAAGGAGUGCGCAAUUACUCGGCUGUGCCCGCUCCCUCGCACCCCUGGUAUCCUUUUCCAAGCGAAAAGGUGCGACGAAUCGCCAUGGUGCCCUUGCUUUACGCGCAGCAGUACGUUGACAUCUUUUGACCGUAGAUGAUGACAAUUGUCGCUUUCCUUCGAUCGCCCAAUCGCCGGAUUCGCGUCAGAGAAUUGGACGACGUGCUCGACUUCGCAACAGCGUUGGGGUUACGCAAUCUACCAGCUGCGUCGACCGUCAAAAAAUACUUGCAUAACCUACAGAAUGAGGUGCCCCUGUUUACCCCUAGUCGGCAUACGGAAGAAAGGGGCCGGGUUGUUCAUGUUCUGUCUCCUCAAAAUUACGUGGCUGCGGUGCGUAUCAGUUCGGUGCAGUCGCCGCUUGCUGUCUGCCCGGCGCUGAUUAUUUUCUCCCCGCCGACCACGAUGACCGCGUGCAGCACUUUGCGAGCCCUGCCUUCGCCCCUCUUAUGCAUCACUACCCGGAUCUCAAGCCGUCGAAUGUGAACUCUGCCUACCACACCCGUCGCUGGCUGAGUGACCUCCCGGCCCGCUUCUCGGCCCCCAUGGCACGCGUAGAUAAAGUCGACUACUUCGUGGACGAGAUCGUGGUCAUCAAAGGUGUACCCGAUAAGCAUUGGUUUAUAGCUCGCUCCGCAUCCCUCCGCGACGAGGUCGUCGCUUUCGUGUGCCUGGCGACAGUGUCGACUCCUUCACGUAUCAAAGUAAAACUUCCCGCUUUCGGGCGUCCUGCGAAGGAUUGGCCGACACUCUGCGUCUCGAGCUGGUGUCUAGUUCCUGUCGAGCGGUUUGAAAGGCCCGUACUCGAGGUCGAACAAAUGCAUCUUUACGUCAAAAUUGGUGGGUCCGCCUUCCAUGUGCCGCGGCUCGUGGACCGCCGCUGUGUGCUCACAACCUCCAGCACCGAGCGCCAGACGUUUGCGAUCCAGCCACAAACGAGAUUCAACGCUCGCUACCCCUGCGGUCGGUGGAUCGGGCUCUAGCGAACGGGAAGUUGCUACUCGUCACCCCUCUGCGCCUCUUCCUGGACGAUAUGGCGGCGACCGAGUCCAGCCGCUGGAACCCCAUGUAUACUGUGAGGCAAAUCCACUGCGGCCGACGAGAAGGCGGCAUCUGACGCACUACUUGUCGUGCUGUCUGCAGGCAUCCGUCCAGAACUUAGCUCUUCCUGCUUCUGUCAUCAAACGACGAUUCAUGCUGCACCAUACCGGCGUGACUGGCACCGACAUGGGUGCGCUUGAUCUUGCAGAAUUCGUGCUGGCUGCAAUCUCGUGAGCCCCAUGGUCGACGCCUGCCAACGACUGCCACCCCAUGUCACUGACUGUACGGGACGAGAUGUAGGGACACUCUUGGUGAUCGACCCAUGCAGUGUUACAGCGUCUCAGCAGGCGAAGAGGUUCUUGUGCGGACGCCCUUGCUGUGCUCGAUUCACGACUCACCUAUGGCAGCGGAGUGCGCAGCGCGGGCCCGCGGCUGGUAUCCCUGCUUACACUGCCCGUGGGGGGGCCCGUUGAAGACGAGACUGACAGUGGAUCAGAUGAUGACGUUUUUCGAGGUGCGUACUGUUGCCUGCUGCUCUUUCAGUGAAGUUCAUUUGCCGCCGUUGCCGCAUCGCAGUGCCCGGGUCUACUGGACGCCAAAACAACCCGUGACCAGGCCCUAAAACAGCUUGAAACCUACGCAAAUGAACUGGUCAUGGUGAAUGUCUCUGAGCAGCAGACUUCAACCGGUACCCAUGAUGUAUGGACAAAGCGUUGCCUCGCAGAACUCGCCGCUAUUUUUCAAAAGGAGAUGACGCACAGGACCUUCGGUGACAAGGGCGCAAACGCCGAAGUGCUCGCAUUCCGCGCCAUGAACACUUCUGGCAAGGAUCGGGUCAGAACGGAGAACCGAGCGCGAGGAAACGAAGCAGUUGGGAAGGCGAAGGCCGAGAUGGUGAAGCGGGGCGAUUACGUCGGCCCGUUCUUCGAUGUUCCAUGUGAGUUUCCCCUCGGGCCUGUCUGGUUUAUAUCCGCACGGGUGGUGACAAGGAGGGUUGUGUUAUUCACAGUGUUUGACCCGCACAAGCAUAUGCCGCCGGACAUAUUGCAUGUCUUCUUUCUGGGCAUAGUCAAAUACGCUUGGAAGGCAACACUCGAUGUGGACGAGUUGAAGAAAGGUCGUCGGGGCCAUUCGUCACUGCGUGCGAUCAUGUCCUCGAUGUCGUCGGUCGGUCUGCCGGGUGGAAUUGCUACCGAUCACCUCAUUGACUAUCAAGGAUCGCUGGUGGGCUAUGACUUUGUCACACUCGCACAAGUGAUGCCCUUGGUGGCGCAGCUCCUGUUCGAUUUAAAGUUGAUGCCUUUGGCUUUGAACGAGUGCUGGGGGCAAUCGGCAAGUUGGGGCAUCAUCUGCAUACCUCGAACGUCGCGGACCUCGACACAUACGCUGUGAGUUUCUUUUCUGUCUGCUCAACUUCAGUUGUGAUUGGAUGUUGAGCCAGCGCCCCCCGAUCGCGCAGACGGAGUGCGAGCACCUUGUCAACAACCUGCUACAGGCGUCCAUGCGACGCAACCUGUCCCACGUCCUCAACAAGUCCAAGUAUCAUGCUCUGGCCAGCCUUGUUCAUGCUAUUCGAAUGUUCGGUCCCCCUCGCUUGUUCGAUGCGUCUCUAGCUGAGUCGGCCAACAAAGUCAUACGUCAGCAUAGUAUGCGGACAAACCAUCUCGAUGUUUCACAAGACAUUGCUCGCAAGUUAGGCGAUACCGAGCGUGUCGGCUUUAUCGCUCGCGGUGGAACAUGGAAGAAGGAUGGAAACCGAGUAAGCAUUGGCCCGGCGGCAAGACGCCUCCUCGAGGACAAGCCUGCUAUGCGUGAGUGGCUGCUUCUGGAAAGCGACACGCCUCGUCAGGACCCUUCGGCGGGUGAGACCGUUUGCCGUGUGCUCGAGCCAUUCAGAAGUUCGCUAGUUGGAUGAUGAACGUUGGCGAUCGCAGUUCGAUUUAAGUUCGCCGCGGGGAGUCCCUUUCUGUCGGAUGCUACCCAACUCGCCAAAACUGUUUGCUUCUCCUUACCGGGGGGCGGCUCGCCGGGCAUCCCGAGAGAUGCUCGAUGGCGAAAGGCCAAGCUGGCGAUACUACCCAAUGGCGACCCUGUACAUCCGCAAGAUUGGUGUUUGUUCAGAUCUGAUGGGCACAACACGGUGCGCCACUUCCAUCUGCAAUUGUGGUCGUGGUGGGGGGGGGGACGAUACUAAUCUACAUCCGUCACCCCAAUCGCUGCAGGUUCUGGUUGGACAAGUCAUCGAAUUACUAGCGCGAGAGUCCGCGACAGGACGAAGGCAGGGCUUGGUGGGCUUUCGCCUAGGAAGGAUAGGGGAGGAGUUGGCGUCCACGGGGUUUCGCACACUGUCCCGAGGCCUCGACCGGAUCGUUGUUUCUAUCGAGGUGAGGAUGUGCCGGGGUAUUUUCGGUAAGUCUGCGUCAGUACCGAUGGACUGAAGCGCACUCGGCCGUGUGAACUGCGCAGAACGUCGUUGCUCUCGCGGUCGUUCAACACAACUGCACCCACUCGGGAUGCUGGAAGAACACUGUGGAUCCGCUUCCCGUACGCACCACGCACAAGGACACCAACGAGUUUUUGCUCAGUACUAUCACACAUCGUUCUUUCGACGAGCUGGCCGCCUUCCGCCCCCCGAUUAAGCAGCAGGUUCCAACUGAGGUUUUUGUUCGUGCACUUCUGGCGUCCCCGACGGCGCAGGCGCUCUUGGCUGCCGCCGAGUCGGUGGAUGAGAACGGGGAGGAGGACAGGGGCAAAGGAAAGGGAAAGGGGAAGGUCAUAGGCAAGGGAAAGGGAAAGGGAGACGCGAAGGCGAGGCUUAUUUUUCUUCUUUUCGGUGCAGAGUCUGUCGACCACCUGGCUGACGUUGCCCAUUCAUCAGGAGCCCACUCCAUUGGCCACCGUCGACGAACAAGAAGAAUGAGCGAAGGGUUUUGAAGAAGGGGCGGAUGUACGUAGGACUGCUGUGUCAAUGUUUGCAUACGCUGAACUUGUGGCUACACUCACAGACCGACAGCGACAUGAGUGACGUGUGCAAUUGCACGGGUGCUGCUGCACUAAUUGAGAACGGUUGCGAGAACCAGUUGGUGAGUUGCACCUCUCGCACGGUCUCGCGCUCGUCUCGGCCCCGCCCAGGGUAAGACUGUCGACUGUCGAAGUCUCUUCCGCUGAUGUUUGACAGUGUGCAGUCCACCAACGGCCAAACCUGA